CGCGCGACACUCGGUACUCGUAUGGACAAUUCAGUUCAUCCUCGUUGUGUCAAAUUCUCGUUAACUUGUGAAUAAUUCACUUUUAUUAAUUACGUCAUCGCAUUAGAAUUCACCCCGAUCACCUCAAAAACAGGUGUUAAUUGUCGUUGGUCAGUAGUGUCUCGUGACAAUGAAGUGGUACUCCGGGAGCAUCAAUGAAGCUGUUGCUGCUUCAAAGUCGAGGAAAGCUGUUUUCGUCGUUUUCGUCGUAGGAAAAGAUGAUGCGUCAGUGGAAACUGCCCGCGCCAUCGACUCCCCCGAGAUAUCGUCUCGCCUCGAGCAGGACAAUUUUGUGGCGAUCAGAUUAGAGAGCGAUACCGAUUCCUACAGAUUCUUCGCACAGAUUUACCAGCUCGUGCCGAUCCCCUCGCUCUUCUUCAUCGGGGACAACGGCAGUCCCCUGGAGAUCGUGGCCGGCAGCGUCAGUGCCCAGACCCUCCAGGAGAAAAUCGAUACCGUUCUGGUGAAGGCUAGCAAAGGGAGGAACGAAGCCUCCACCGAUUUCAUCAGGGGUGAACAGAGUGCAUCUGCAGGCCAGAGUGGCCAGGUGUCCAGUUCUGCCGGGGCUGUCUCACCACCGCCACAGAAGAGCGAACCAGAAGCUUCUGGAGCCUCUGGGGCAGAAAAACCUGCUGAUUCAACUGUUGAAUUAAGUCCUGAGGAGAAACUUGAACGUGCGAGACACCUGAUAGAGCUCCAGAAGCAGCAGAGAAUCGAGAAAGAACGCGAGGAAGAGAGACGACGUGAGAUUGAGCGCAGGAGAAUGGGGAAGGAUGUGCAAACAGCCAGGCAGCGUCACCAGGAGCUGGAGAUUAAGCUGGCUCAGGAGGAACGAGCGAAGGAGAAGGCGGCCGAGGCGGAGGCCAGGGAGAGGGUCAGGCAACAUAUUGCUCAGGAUAAACUCGACAGGAGACAGAGGGAGCAGGCAUUACUCCAACAAACCUCACAACAGUCUCAGGAGCGUCCACAAGCUGCUGUUCCCCCCGCAGAUGGAGUCGUGAGGAUUCAAUUCAGACUGCCCUCUGGCAAUCCUCACAUGGGUAAAUUCGAACUGACGAGCACACUCCGCGAUCUACGCGCCUACGUCACCAAUAACAUCGAUCUACCAUUCCGCAAUUUCUCAAUGUCCACGUCCUUCCCGAGGAGGGACCUCAGUGCUGAGGAUGAGGGAAGGACACUGGUGGAUUUGCAAUUAGUUCCCACUGCUGUUAUCCUUAUUCUGCCUCUCAAAAAUUCAACAACUACAACAACAGUGGCAUCCCGAGAGCAGGGUGGUUUCCUCUCCCGCUUCAUGUGGACUGUGUUCUCGCCAAUAAUCUCUGUGUACAACUACGUAGUGGGUUACUUCACUGGUCCCCCAGGCAGAGGACCCACCAGAGAGGGAACCGACGAGCCAAGUGCAGCUGGGGUUGCACCACGUGCCACACCCACUCGUCACAUUGGUCAACCAUCCGGUUUGUUUGGCAGGAAUUUGGGGGGAUCGAGCACCACCAUCAGAGCCAGGGGAAAUAUCCACAGGCUGCACACUGGGGGCGACGAUAAUGAUGAGAAUAACACGUGGAAUGGCAACUCAACGCAGCAGAUGUAGAAAUUAAUCUUUAUUGUCACUGAUAUUCUAUUCUAUUUCUUUUUUAUCAACGAAAAAUGCAAGUUGGGAGGUGAAGAGAGAAGAUUUUUCAUCUAGUUGAUUUUUUUUCGAGUGAAUAUCUCUAAAUUGAAGGCGAACGUGGAAAUUUUUGGAGAGGCAUGAGAACUAUAAAAAAGAUCUUCGUCAAAACUUCGUCAUCUCCAUAAAAUUGGAGAUAUUCAUUGGAAUUUAUUUGAAUUUUAAUUCUAGUUGAUCAGUCUCGAUUUACCACUUCGCUUAUAUCCACUGGCCUUUGAAAUUCCAGAAUUCAUUACUCGCUGUUGCACGUGGAGUCAGUUUUUCUGGUCUGAAUGUUCAUAAUUUUUUCAACAAAAACGUAUAAAAUGUCAUGAUUACUUUAUUAAUAAAGAUUUUGUCGAGGAUGAAGGAUUAUGAGGACCAAUGAAUGGGAAAGAAUUAAGUGGAGUUUGAUAUUGGGAAUUUAAUGAUUAUUGAUUGGGGAUGUUUGGACUUUGCAUUUUUUUCAUGCGAAAUUCAGUUUAUUUGGGAAAUUAUUGUGAAGCAGAGUGAUCGUUUCUUCGGGCAUUAUGAGAAGGAAGCGAUUGAGUUAACGCAAUGCUGAAGGAAUUCAUUUGUUCCUCAUUGUUGUAGUUGUAAUAAAUUGUGAUUAUUUAAUCCUUGAAA